CAACGUCGCGCGGCGUCGAUCCAUGUGACGGAGGGCGAGCUGGCGAAGUAACGUGACAAUAGGUGGCAGCGGUUAAAGCGGGCGAUCACGGGCGAUGCCGCUGUCCCCGCCGCUGCCAGCCGCCGCAGUCGUCUCGUGGUGAGAGCAGCGGGCCGCGGUGGAACGUCGAGUGCCUCGAGUGACCCGGGCGAGUCGGAGCGGCCGGGGAGCGGUCGCGUGACUCGCGGUGGGCCGCGGCGUCGGAGGGGUCCGGGGCGUGGGGACGCGGGCGGAGUGCGCGCGACGUCGGGCCCGGUCGAACGGGUCCCCGGGCGGUCGCGGGCGGGCACGGAGGAUACGGCGCGUUGCGGGCGACACGUCUCCCGCACUCGGGCGCCUCGGAGCAGCGGGCCGCUGCGUCACAUGGGCCGCGCUCAUUGGUCGAUAGAGCCGCGUGACGUCACGGGGGGCGCCGCCAUUGGCCAGGGCCGCGAGCCCGGACACGUGAAUCGUGGCCAAGCAAGCAUGGCCGUUGAUGCGCAGUGGUUAACACUUGUAAAAUGCCUCUGCCACGCGUCAGAUCGAUCGGCUCGUAGCCGCCGCGUGCUCUAGACCGCCGCGCGCGUCGAGCCUGGCCGAGGGCAGCCCAGGCGAACCCGAAGCAGUCGCGAGAUCGGUCGAGCGGCGAUCGAGCUCCGCGGGCGAGCCGCGCCUCCUGGGACCGUCCGGACGGCGGCGCGCUCCUUUUCCUCCCGACCAGGGGCCAACGGCCUCCCGAGCGACGAGACCCCGUCCACGGCUCUUCCAUUGGAGCGAAGAGGAAGCCGGAGGGGGCCAGCUCGUUUCGCAGCCGUCUCGAGCGCCGACCAUCGAAUCCCCAGCCUGGUCCUGCUUCCGGCCUCUCCGCUCCGGAAUCCCCGCGUGUCGGCGAGCCCCUGUCUCUCCGGCCCGUCCCAGCCUCCCGGGGGUCGCGCUCUCGGCGAGGUCGACGCCGAACGGUCCCGGAGGGCCUCGAUCGUGGAUGUGAGCCCGUGACACCCGCGGCCUCAAAAUGAGCCUGGAAACGUUGUUGGAGGCGGCCCGUUAUGUCGAGCUGCAGGAGAAGAGGGAACGCGUCGCCAGCACCUCUUCCUCGGAGCAUUCGCACUCCUCCGUGUCCCGAUCCAGCCUCUACGGGUCCGGAGAGACGCACGGGGUCAAGUCUAAGAGGGACCGCACGGAGCCCGACGAUCUGUUCUGCGAGGAGAAGAUGUUGAUCAUUGACGAGGAAGACCCCCUUGAUACGAGCAGAACCAAUGGGAACCACCUGGUUAAUACCAGAGGGAGUCCGGUGGUCGGCAACGUCCGAGGAACUCCCCUGAACCCCUCCACCGGACAUGUAAAUGUCCUCCAUUCUUCCACCUAUCAGCAACACCAGCACCAGCAACAUCAGCUUCACAACCAACAUCACCACUAUCAUCAGAACAACCACAAUGCUUCACAGAACCAUUACCUGGAUAAUCACAACUCGAACCAUGGACACGUCGCCGGCGGCGCCCUCGUCGUCGACCUCGAGGCCGGGCACGACAACAAGAGACACCGAAAUGGACCCUGCGUUAUCCGUUCAGGCACGAGGGAAGUGCACAAUAAGCUGGAGAAGAACAGGAGGGCGCACCUGAAGGAAUGCUUCGAGCUCUUGAAGAGGCAACUUCCGGCUCAAGAUGAGAAGAAGUCUUCGAACCUUUCCAUCCUUCACGCCGCAAUUCGACACAUCCAGGCUUUGAGGAGGAAGGAAAGAGAUUACGAACACGAGAUGGAGAGGCUAGCCAGGGAGAAAAUAGCAGCCAACCAGCGGUUGUUAGCCCUGAAAAAGGAGCUCGCAGCUACGUGGGAUCACAUCGACUUCAAUACCCUCUUACCGGACUGCAAUUUCACCAUGGACGGCAAUGUCACCAAGAGUGUUUCAGAGGGCAUAGAAGUCGACGUGACCGGCCUCGCGCGAGGUGGGACCAGGUACAGCAGCACCAGCAGCCUCAGUAGCGCAGCCACGGCGAGUUCGCCGCAAAAUCUGCAGGGGACGCAGGCCAGCUCGAACGUCCAUAGCCAAGUGGCAACGGCGGCUGUGGUGUGUCAAACUCAGGGUCUUAAUCUGGCUCAAGGGUCCAGAGAGAGUCCUCCCGCGAGUUCCAGCCCUGGAGCCUCCACCCCUAGCAUUCCUACCCCGGCGCAGGAAAAGGUGAACCCUCCACCAACGGUCGUCCAGCAGCAGGCCCAUCAGCUGCACCUUCCGAUCAACGCGCAGAUGCUAAACACGGGCCAGGGCCUGGCAACGAUCGUGCCAGCCUUGCAACAUCUCGGGCCCAGCUUAAGGGUCAUCCCCGGAGACACGAGGCAGCUGCUGGUGACGCACACGACCGGUAGCAACGAGUCGAGACCCCUCACCCUGGCGGUUCAGAACUCCUCGGAUCAGUCCAGACCCCUCACCUUGGCGGUCCAGAACUCCUCGGAUCAGUCCAGGCCUCCUCUGAUCGCCGUGCAGUCGAACAGCGGGAGCGAGCCUAGGCCCGUGGCCCUGGUGGUCCAUUCCUCGACGGCUAACGACAACCGCGUUACGUUUGUCCACUCGAACCUGUCGAACGAUAGACCCCUGGCCCUCGCCGUCCAGUCUUCUGCCAGUGACGUCAGGCCCGUCACCUUCGUGCCCUCCGGAAACGAGGGCAGGCCUCUGGUUCUGGCCGCGCAUUCUCCGGCGGCCCUCAGUGUCUCCACCGCCCAGACGAGGAUUCGAACGGGGGAGACGCAGACUGCCCACAAAAUGGUUGGAGGGGUGACGUUGGUCGGCGGAAAUGGUUCCGAGCUGACGCGACUUCCGGGAGGAGCGGAGCUGAACAUUCUCCCCGCAAAUGGUGUGUUCCGUUCCGUCAAGGCUCACCCCCUCACUAUACAAGGAGGUCUAACCCUGAGUCACGCCAGCGUGUCGCUGUCCGCGGCGACGAGCAAAACGAACUCGUCAGUGAUGCAAAACGCUCCGUCCACGGGCGCAGACCCAACCGGAAUAGCCCACAUCGUCAGCCAGCACACCCCGUUGUCCAGUUUGACCCCGCUGGUGACCCCGAUGACCGUAGUCUCCCAAGGGAACCAGGUGACGGCCCACAUUCUGGCGCCGUCCAACCUGGCCGGGAAGAUGAUCACGACUCCGAUUCUGAAAUCGGUUGGCCAGGUCCCCCUAAUGAACGCUCAGUAUCUCAACACCACGACCCUGGUCAAGCCCGUGGUUGUUGUCAGCUCGCCGUCUAAUUCGAGCUCCGUGCCGGCCUCGAUAGCCGCCUCGUCCGGCACGCAGCCGUCCCCGACACCGCACUCCACCGUUUGACGGGCUCGAAGGAACCUAGAGCUGGUGUGAGAACGGAAUAAGUACUCGAUUCGGUACCACCGUGGAACCUGGUACCGGCUCGCCGCAUCGCUGUUCAUCGCUUCUCUCGCAGCGAGGCUGGAUUUACAUGGGAUCGACGUACACCUUGGUGGUAUCUUGAGCCUCCUCUUUGCGAAAUUGUCAAACCUUGACGCGGCUCAAGGGCGCUGCAUGACACCGAAAUCGCUCCGCACUUAAGGGGCCGACUGUUUUACUCGAAGAGUGCGCCGAAAUCUUGUUUGCGAGUUCCUCGAAGUCGGUGUGUCGGAAACUUUGAUGCGUUAAUGCCCAAAAUUGAAGGGAAUAUUUCGUGGUUGAGGAAGGAGAGGGCGAUCGGAUCAAAUUUGAUUAAGUACUAUUGUAACGUCUUGUCUCUGUUGAAUGACUGUUGCCUUAGCCGACUGUUCUCGCUGAUAUGGAUAUUCGCGUGUUGAAGUCUUUGGCAGUGCUAUGCACGACUGAUUUCGAGGAAUGAUAAGAGGUUAACUCUGACAAAGAAACACCUUGUAAAGUUAAGGGUUUGAUGGUAAGAAGUCAGCUCCGAAUCGUCUUAACCUUGUACUUUUGUAGUCAACGUUUCCUCAAAUGAUAUUCGGUGGCAUCAUUGUACCAAUUGGGAAUUUAAACGUACCUAAGGUCGAUGCACAAUUUCGUUGAAGCAAUAUUCACUUUUCUAAAAUCUGUGUUCAACUACCAACUAAUCAAGGGAUGAAGUAAUACAUGGACAGGCGGAAGAACGUUGAAUAAAGAAUAUUUGAAAUAGUUUUUGCACUCGAGAACCGUGAUAAAAUCGGCUUGUAAUUGUUUUAACUUUCCGGCUAUUUUGUAAUCCAAAUCUUAAUCUAAGAGGGGAAUGACGCUUCCAUGUACUUCCAACAUCGCUGAGAUUAAUCCUCGGAUGAUCGUUACCUUUAGCUCUACCACUACCAUCACUUUCGCUAUCAAUCGGUACGGUUAUUUAAGGACUACCUCCCUCAAAUUUGGAAUCAACAAUCGGUCACUUUUCCUCGAAAAAUGGUCGAUUUCGAAGUUCCUUAAUUUAGCUUUUGAUACCAAAAAUCGUGGAAAAUUGGCACGUAUAAUAGAUGACUACAAUUGUUGAACGAGAACUGCUUUGGAUAAAAGAGAGAUACCAGAGAUUUGUGCCGAGAGUUCCGAUUGAUAUUUUCAACCUCAAAUUUAAGGGAGGUCUUAAGAGUAAUCUGGUUAAGAAAAAUACGUGGAAACUGUUAAGGUGGAUGAAACAUCGAAUGCUUACUAGAGUAUUUUUUUUUCUCUCUCUCUAAAUAGACUGCAAUGAAUGACUUUUCUACAGAGCAGACCUUGGACAUUUAUUUAACAAAGUUCUCAUGCAUAUUGCACAUGCACGCGAUUUAUUUGGCUAGGCAAGAUCUUACGAAAGUCGGACCAUUUUGAAUAUAUAUUAACGCGUACCGUUUCUAACCCAAAUAUUUAUUUGGGGAAAUGUGGUUCUUUUAUUGAAUACGUGGUAGUGCAUUGGUUGUCGAGUUCUUUAAAAAGAUUGGACGACUAGCACAUCUUACAGACAUAUUCUAUAUAAUGUUAUCACUAUUUGCAAUAUUUUGCGGAUGUUAAAACAUCCGUAAAAUGGUCGAAAUGUGUUCUCGAGAUUAAAUGAAGGAAUACGCCAAAACGCGGUUUUGAGUGCACGGUAAUAAUUUUAAACAGUAGUCAAUCAUUUUUAGUAGCAUUCUUCACUUGGAACAAUUGUUAAUUAAUAUCAAAUUCAAUGUUUUCUUUUACAAAAUUUUGCUAAAUAAUACUCCCAUGGUCAUUUCGUACUCGUUCUUUCGUAUGAUAAUCCAGUUAGUGUUAUCGCAGUAGAGAAAAAGUUGCCACCACAUUUUGCGCCGCUUGAUGUAAAAGUGAUUUUCCAUUUUGACGGUGCAUGAUACACGAAACUUCCUUCCUAUGACAAUUGUAUAUGAUACCAAUAAGGGUCGACUUUCAUCCAGAACAAUCUCUCGUAUUGUGUACUCUUAAAGUAGGAAACUGCAUUUAUAUCCAGUGGUCCUUAAACAAAGGCGAAAUUUUCUUGAUCGAAGGUGAGGAGUCGUGCAUGAUUUGGAUUUCUUUUUCCCGGGGUAUUCCAUUAUCAUGACGUUGUGUAAUGUUGCGUUCAACGGUACAGUGUAUCCACUAAUUCCGAGAGUUUAGUGAGAUGUCACGGGAGAAAGGUCUUCUCUCUUUUUUCUUUUUUUAUCUGUCAGUAUUUUUAUCCGACUUUUCCUGAAAAUUAAUACGGAGAGACACUGUGUACAGUGUUGUCGGGGCGGACAUUAAAAAUGUUCCCGCGUGCGAGUUUGACCGUGAUAAAAAGUAACUUCACUUUGUAUAUUUAAAUAAUAUAAAUGUAACGUACGGCGUUGUUCCACGUGGGUCUUGAAUUUGCGUAAUGGAUGUAAACGGGGGAGGGUUACUCGUCGACGUUCCCUCGUCGACAUCUGGCUUGUCAAUUGUAGCACGUCUCGAGACUGACGAUUAUGUUCUCGACUUAUUUGUUUACUCCUUUGCGAGAGCACCUUACUAUCAUUUAGUCGACGUAGGGUCAACCGGUGUGUAAAAUGUGAAUUAAUCCUGGCGAGGGCUGUGCAUCUGCAUGUUUUUCCCGUGGUUAUUUGAAAGAUAUUUAUAAGAACAGAUCUCACGUUCGAUUCGGCAAUAUUUAUUACGUAGUGAUGCAAGUGUGAAAGUAAUCCGAUUGUUAAAAAAGAAACCGCCUCUAUAAAACUUGCGAGCAGCGUCGUUUGAGGAGUUUUAUAUUCGGGAAAGAUUGCCCGUGGGGAUCGGCACUUGUCGUUGGAGUGAUAUAUAUGUACGUGUAUAUAAAUAUAUAUAUCGCAGCUGUCGUCAGUAUUAAUUCUAACGAGGCAUUACGAAGAGGGCAGUAUCCAUUUUAAAUCUUCACGGCGUAAACGAGAUUAUUGCAGUCUUUGCUGAGCUCGAGCGAUCGGACAAUCGGAUGGCUCUAAGGUAGAGCAGAAAGGGUUAGUCUGAGAUUGACAACGACAGGGAAUGUUAGACGAUAGUCACAUUUGCAGUGGAAGUAGCGUCCCAGGGAACUGACGUUACCCGUACCCAUGCCACGGAAUGGGUGAAUCGCUAGACGUCGAUGUUCCGAGGAAUGGCAAGCAACGGGAGAGGGCACGAACGGACAAAAUUAAAACGUUGGAAUAAGGGGAGAAGCGUAUGCGAACCAUGUGAUAUAAGUAAUUAAUGAAAUUAAUUAGCAUUGUAACUACUAAGUAAAAAAAAAAAAACACUAAAGCUGUUUCCAGCAUAGGCGUCCGCUGCUAAUUAUUAUCUCCUUAACAUAGCGAAGAAAAGAAAAGAAAAGAAAAAAAACGAAUACAAAACCAGCAGAUAUCUAAUUGUACAUAGUAUACAAAGAAAGUGAAUCAUGAAAUAUAAUUAUAUUGAAUACGAAAGAAAGCAAACGGUGUGCGGUGGAUUUUUAUUACCCUGGCUACGAGCCAGCGUCGUGCAACCUGACGACGAGAACCGCGGAUGACAUAUCGAGUGGUCGAAGAUCGUAAAGUGCGGUGCGAGUUAACUAACGAAACCUCUGCUCGACUACGAACUAAUCUAGUAGGAGAGAGACGUGGACGAGAAUGUGCACGUAUAAGAAGAACGUUCUGUACAUUUAUAGAGUAUGUAUAAAGUAAGAAUAAACGGUGUCAAAUGUGUGGAA